GAAAAAUUCAGCAUGGCUCACAAAAAUGACAUUCAGUUCACCAUCAGGGAAUACAGCCCAUCAGAUGAACAUGUGGUCAUGUCGCUCUUUCGUGAUGGGAUUCUUGAGCAUAUAUACCCGGCAUUUUUCAAGGCCAUGAGCAAUCCAGAUCAUGUUGGUAUAACUCUGAGCAUUUCCAUGGCUGGCUAUGUGCUAGGAGGCAGCUCCUACUUCCAAGCUUUCCUUUUUGGCUGUACAUGGGCUUGCCUCAUUUAUUACUGCUGCCAUGACAUCCAUGAUAGCUACAUGAAAGGGAGACUAAGCACAGACAUGGCUGACAUUCAAGCCACUUACCUGGAAAACCCAGAUAAUGGAUUCUGGGUGGCAGAAGCAGAUGUCAAUGGGCAGGCCAAGGUGGUGGGGAUGGUGGCAGUAAUGGGGAAGAGAGGGAAAGAAGAAGGAGUGAAGUCUGAGGACUGGAAUGGGGGAGUGAGCACAGAAGAUGUUCAAGAUGUCGGGGAUAGAAGUUAUGGAUUGAUGUCUCACGUCGCUGUAAAGUUUUUGUGGCGCAACAAAAAACUGGGCUCUCAGCUGACCCUAAAGGCCUUGGAUUUCUGCAAAGAGCGAGGCUAUUCUUGCCUUACUGUGAAUGUUAGCACACCACAGACCGCCGCCUUUUCCAUGUACCAUAAAUUAGGCUUUGUUCAGACAGCAUCCCACUGUAACAUGCAUGUCAACCAGUGGUUUGCCAAGCUAGCCAGAAUAAAUGUGAUACAAAUUGACAAGUUUAUUUAA